GUGUAGGGAUGGCAUGUAGGCAUCCACAGGCAGAAAGGCAGGAGCAGGGGACAGAGGAUGCUGGCUGUGGAGGAAACAGGAGUGAGUAGUGGAUACCAGGAUUCUCCCCCAGGUAGGCUGCAACCUCCGCAGUCACUCCUGGGGUUGCUCGCCUGAGAGGGCGGGGCCUCCCAGACUGGAAAAGUCAUUAGCAACCUGCCAGAACCGGGUUAACAAAGGCAGGACUACAACUCCCAGCAUCCUCCGGCACAGUGGGGUGACGGCGGGCGGUGGCUGCGCUGCACCCGCCCGGUGGGCGCUGGACCUGGGACGGCACCCGAGCCUGUCAUUCCGAAGGGGUCUGCGGGGGUGCGGGCGGGCGAUGCACCCGGGUCCCCAGCGCACUGGCCGCGCCGGGCUCGCGUCUCCCGCCCUACGUCCCCGCCCCUUGCCCCACCCCAGCCGGGCGGCUUAGCUGGGGCCGCAGCGCGGCGGCAACAUCACUCUCGCCGCCGCUGCUCCGCCCCAUCCCCUUCUGUUUUUCUCUCUCAUUCUCCGGUGGCGACGGCGGGGAAGGCGGAGGCAGAGGCAGCAGCAGCCGCGCAGGCUGCAAUGAAUGAUCCCCCAGCUGGGGGGGAGGACUCCAGGUGAGCCUCUGCCCUCGGGAGGGCCGGGACCCCCGGCCGCCCAGGACCUGCAGCCCCCGCCAUGGAUCCCUAGAGGAGGAGGAGGACGAGGAGGAGAAGACAGUUCUGCCGCCCACCCCCAUCCUAUUUUCCUCUUCCUUUAUCUCAUUGUUGCCGUAGCUGUUUACGGCAGCGUUCCCUCUGCCCCAGCAUGGGGCGGGCUCCGGGCACUGCCAUUCGGCAGGCGCUGCUCCUGCGGCUGCCCGGGGAUUCUGCCUAAUUCUCCCUCCCCAGCCCGUGCAGCGAGGACCGGAGAGCGGUGGAGGCCCGGACUGCAGCAGCGGCGGGGCCACCUCCCAGCAUCCCCACCCUAGGAGGCUGCAUGCGGAUUGAAGAACGGCGCCUGGGGGUUGGGCUGGCCCCGCGGAUCCGGACCUAGGGAGCACAGCAGGACCGCUCAGGCUGCGGAGGGGGCCGAGGGGAGGCAGGAAGGACAGAGCGGCAAGAUGGCCAGUAAAACCAAGGCCAGCGAGGCCCUGAAGGUGGUGGCCCGGUGCCGCCCCCUCAGCCGGAAGGAAGAGGCUGCUGGUCACGAGCAGAUCCUGACCAUGGACGUGAAACUGGGCCAGGUGACCCUGCGGAACCCCCGCGCUGCCCUAGGGGAGCUGCCCAAAACCUUCACCUUUGAUGCCGUGUAUGAUGCCAGCUCCAAGCAGGCAGACUUGUAUGAUGAAACCGUGAGGCCCCUGGUAGACUCGGUGCUUCAAGGUUUUAAUGGCACCGUGUUUGCCUAUGGACAGACGGGCACAGGCAAGACCUAUACCAUGCAGGGGACCUGGGUGGAGCCUGAACUGCGCGGGGUCAUCCCCAAUGCCUUUGAGCAUAUCUUCACCCACAUCUCCCGCUCCCAGAACCAGCAGUACUUGGUUCGGGCCUCCUACCUGGAGAUCUACCAGGAGGAGAUUCGAGACCUGCUCUCCAAGGAGCCUGGCAAGAGGCUAGAGCUGAAGGAGAACCCCGAGACGGGUGUCUACAUCAAGGACCUCUCCUCCUUCGUCACCAAGAAUGUCAAGGAGAUCGAGCACGUGAUGAACCUGGGGAACCAGACUCGGGCGGUGGGUAGCACGCACAUGAAUGAGGUCAGCUCUCGCUCCCAUGCCAUCUUCGUCAUCACCGUGGAGUGCAGUGAGCGUGGCUCAGAUGGCCAGGACCACAUCCGUGUGGGCAAGCUCAACCUGGUGGACCUGGCGGGCAGCGAGAGGCAGAACAAGGCAGGCCCCAACACAGCUGGAGGGACAGCCACACAGUCCACAGGGAGUAGCGGUGGUGGGGGAGGUGGCGGUGGUGGAGAGAGGCCUAAGGAAGCCUCCAAAAUCAACCUCUCGCUGUCUGCCCUGGGCAACGUGAUCGCGGCUCUGGCAGGCAACAGGAGCACCCACAUCCCCUACCGGGACUCCAAGCUGACCCGGCUGCUCCAGGACUCUCUGGGGGGGAACGCCAAGACCAUCAUGGUGGCCACCCUGGGCCCAGCCUCUCACAGCUACGAUGAGAGCCUCUCCACCCUGCGCUUUGCCAACCGGGCCAAGAACAUCAAGAACAAGCCCCGGGUGAACGAGGACCCGAAGGACACACUGCUACGGGAAUUCCAGGAGGAGAUUGCACGCCUGAAGGCCCAGCUGGAGAAGAAGGGGAUGCUAGGAAAGCGGCUCCGGAGGAAGAGCAGCCGCAGGAAGAAGGCCGUGUCAGCCCCAGCCGGGUACCCGGAGGGGCCGGUGAUUGAGGCCUGGGUGGCGGAAGAGGAGGAUGACAAUAACAACAACCACCGCCCGCCGCAGCCCAUCCUGGAGUCAGCCUUGGACAAGAACAUGGAGAAUUACCUGCAGGAGCAGAAGGAGCGUCUGGAGGAGGAGAAGGCGGCCAUCCAGGAUGACCGCAGCCUGGUGAGCGAGGAGAAGCAGAAGCUGCUGGAGGAGAAGGAGAAGAUGCUGGAAGACCUGCGGCGGGAGCAGCAGGCCACCGAGCUGCUCGCAGCCAAGUACAAGGCCAUGGAGAGCAAGCUGCUCAUUGGGGGCAGGAACAUCAUGGAUCACACCAACGAGCAGCAGAAGAUGCUGGAACUGAAGAGGCAGGAGAUUGCAGAGCAGAAACGCCGUGAGCGGGAAAUGCAGCAGGAGAUGAUGCUCCGAGACGAGGAGACCAUGGAGCUCCGGGGCACCUACACGUCCCUGCAGCAGGAGGUGGAGGUCAAAACCAAGAAACUCAAGAAGCUCUACGCCAAGCUGCAGGCGGUGAAGGCGGAGAUCCAGGAUCAGCACGACGAGUACAUCCGCGUGCGGCAGGACCUGGAGGAGGCGCAGAACGAGCAGACCCGGGAGCUCAAGCUCAAGUACCUCAUCAUCGAGAACUUCAUCCCCCCAGAGGAGAAGAACAAGAUCAUGAACCGGCUUUUCCUGGACUGUGAGGAGGAGCAGUGGAAGUUCCAGCCCCUUGUGCCCGGCGGAGCCAAUAACAGCCAAAUGAAGAAGCGGCCAACGUCGGCAGUGGGCUACAAGAGGCCUAUCAGCCAGUACGCUAGGGUUGCCAUGGCAAUGGGGUCCCACCCCAGGUACAGGGCUGAAAACAUCAUGUUUCUGGAAUUGGAUGUGUCCCCUCCAGCGGUCUUUGAGAUGGAAUUCUCUCAUGACCAAGACCAAGACCCCCGUGCGCUCCACAUGGAGAGGCUCAUGCGGUUGGACAGCUUUCUGGAAAGACCUUCCACGUCCAAAGUCCGAAAGUCCAGAUCCUGGUGCCAGAGUCCUCAGCGGCCUGCGCCUUCCACCACACCUGCCUCGCUGGCCCCCGCUGCUCUGCGCCCCACGACAGUGCUAGACCAUGAGUGACAGCCUUCCGUCAGGCCGCCCGUCCCGCAGACGCCAGGGGCGGGCCACCAGCCCUGGAUCAUCUCGCCUGCCGCUCGGUGUGCGUGUAUGUGCGUGUGCGUGCCUGUGUGUGUGUGUGUGUGUGUGUGUGUGUGUGCGCGCGCACGCGCAUAUGUGUGAGGGGGUGAGCAUCCAGCAGGCCGUGCCUCUGCCAGCUCUUAGCCUCCUUUAUUUAAUUCAUGUUAUUUAUUCGUGGAGCUCGGUUCCCGCAGGAGAGGCGCCCUCGCCCGGGCCUGCCCUGGUCACUACAGACCCUCCUUUCCUCCCGACCGUAGACCCCCGCCCCAGUCACACCGCCAGCUCCUCCCCGUCAGUUGCCCCCAGGAGGGAAGGGACCGGGGCCUGAGAAGAGGGUCCUUGUUCCUCCUGGCUCCCUCGGUCACCCCUAUCUCCUCCGGCACUGACCGUGAGCAGCUCCUGAGCACUUUCCGGGACUAGAAAAAUGCGAGGUGUCCUCUGAGGAUAUUCGACGUCCGUCCACAGUGUUGAGCUUGGGCUUCCGGCGGAGAGAGCCCUGCUCUCCACUUUCUGGGCCUCAAGUGACCUCUUUCGGCUUCUCGGGCUCCUCCUUCUCAAGGACUUGAGGGACCUCGCCGACACAGCCUAUGCGCGUCAGCUUUGAUGGGAACUCCGCGGCUUCCCCAACCCUGCUUCUGGUCCACCUGCCCAAGCCGUCGAUGGGAAGUGUGAGCCAACCACUUGCUGCCUCCUCGGGACCUGCAGGAAAUGGAACAGUAAUGGAGACAGUGUGGAUAAUCACUAGGAGACGUCCCUCUAGGACCCUUUGUUUCUGUCCCCUUAAGAAGUAACUGUGGCCAACAAGCCACCAGGCCAACUCCCCACCUUAGACAUGCUGCUCCUUCCUGCUUUCGUCCUUUUCCCUGCAGCUGCCUGGAUCCCCGGUGGUAAUGGGAGGGAUCCAUGUCCUUCUCCCCUGGCUAAACAGAGGUAUCAGUCUGUUGCUUUUCCCUCUCAUGAGCGCAGGAUAUGGAGACCCAGGCACAGCCUGCCAGCUCUGCCCUUUACCCUGUUUCUGAUUCACCUUCUGUUGGGCACUGCUCUGUUGACCAGAUUGACCUUUCCUUCAGCAUUGUGGUCCUUAGGGAAGUACUCCUCACUGUCCUUUGCGACAUCCCAGGAUGUCUCCGGGUCUCUAAAGUAAAGUUCUACCAAAAAAAAGAGAGGGAGAUUAAUUUUCAUUGACUUGCCUUUUAAGGGUAUAUUUCAGUGGAAGGGGAAGAGGCAGUCAUGAAUCAGAGCAAGUGGGUUAGGCUCUCAGAACGCCCUAAUAGUGGCAUCUCCAGGUCCUAGAACAUGACGAGUUUAGUCCUUGGGGUAGAGGCAUGAAACGGACAGAUCUGCCUGCAGUUUGGUGUGUGGGAGGUGGCGGUGGGAGCUGAUUACCUGGUUAUUCUCUUUCCAGCAGGACAUGAACCCUUUUGCACAGUUCAAGUUCUGCCAUGUAAGGACCAAGCAAUGGUUUGGUUUGGUUUCAUUCAAUGAUGCUGUCACUGCUUCUGCAACUGCUGGACCGCAUGGUUGGGCAACUCAAUUGCCACUUGCUCCUGUCCUUCAAGGAAAUAACCUUUUUUCAUCAGAACCCAAGAGAUUAUUUGAGACCCAGGAUUCAGAUCAGAGGUUCAGCUGUGGCUGGGACAGGAGUGGUAUGUAGAAGGGUCCCAAGUGGGAGAGGCAUUGAGCAGCCUCUCCCACGGACCUCUCUCGUUGGUGGAUGAAGCCGCACGCGUUACCCCCAUUCAUCACCAGGACGCAUCGACUCUGCACUGUCUGAUCACUUGACCCUCAUAGUCUUAUAGCACAAUAUACCCAACUUCACCCCACCCCAGCCUCAGGGCUGGGCCCAAGGUGUGCUCAGAGGAGGAGCUCCUGCCUGCAGUUUUGUGUACGUGUGUAUGUGUGUGUGUGUUUGUGUGUGUUUACCUCCACAGGGGACACUCUGCACUCGGUGUGAGAUAUGCUGGGAACAGGGCCACUGGGGUGGCUGGAUCUCGGUUCCUCUGUCUCUCUCUUCUCUUCCUUUUGAUGUAUCACACAUUUGGUUGACAAAGUGAGGGCCUUGAUUUGGACCAAAUUUCCAUGUCUGUUGCUGUGGUCUUCAUUUAGGACAAUGAUUAACAAAGCCGUGGCCCCUUCUCGUCCCUCUAUACAUAUGACUAUACGGGACAUAUGUAAUAUAUAAAUAUAUAUAUAAAAUAUUACCCUCUGUCUCCUUGGCUUAGGAUGAGAUCUCUCUGUUGAGCUGAAAUGCACCUGCAGCUCAGUGCUGCCAGCAGCCUGCAGGCCCCAGCCCUGUUCAGAUUAACACAGUCCGAAAUAAAGGAAUGAGUAUCGUUA